AUGCCCCCAAAAACAGACCAAGCAGACGACAAGCGCCAAGCUGCGCGUGAAGUUAUCGAUAUACUCCAGGAGAUCUCUGAUCUGUUGAACACCAACCUCGACCGGACGGAGUUAUCGCUCUGUGUGUCUCUGAUUGAAAAUGGGGUGAAUCCUGAUGCUUUAGCGACUGUUAUUAAGGAUCUGCGGAAGGAGACUGGUGCUUCUAAGCGUGUUUCUAAUGCUCCGGCUGUGGAGUAA